GCUGAUAUGGGGGACCAAGAAGUUGUGGUGAGCUCAGAUGUGCCAAUAAUGAUUCUCCAAAAGAAGAUAAAAUCUGCAAAAACUCUAGUGGAAGCCGAAAAACUAAAAGAUGACCUGAAUGAGCUGAUGCGGAUUAGAGAGGUAAUUCAGAGAUCUGUGAUGGAGAUUAUUAAGAAGUCCACCAACUCUGAAGAACAAACCUUGAGAGUCCAAACAGGCUGUGCUGAAGUAACCAACCAUAAGAUGUAUCGGGAAGUCAUAGAGUAUUACAAAGUGAAAUGUUUUAACUGGCAUGACUCCAAGUAUGAAUAUGCUGUUCAUCAGCUGCAUCUGUUUGCGAACCUGUGUGAGGAAAAAGUCCCAGUGGAGCGCAUCAAGACAGCAAUUGAUGAUGUAAGUGAAAAUCUGAAGAAAAAAGAUGCUGCUGGAUGUUAAAUGUGGAAUGUAUUGCCUCUUAAAUGAAUGUAAAAAUACAAAUAAAGGUAAUGUUCCUUUGGUUUUAAGAACAUCUAAAUAUAGAAAUGAUCUUUGUACAGAGUGAAAUGGAACAUUGUUUGUCCCUACAAUGGAUGCAUUGCACCUUGUUGUUGUUACCUACUUGCUGGCAUGCAGUCCACUUGAUUGCCAAUGCAUGUACAUGUUUUGCUGUAAUGAGAUGGAUUAGAAUCCUACAUAACAGAAUGCCAUAGUAAAUUCAACCAUUGGCUACUCUCAAUAUUUACAGUUUCCAUUGAUUGAAAUAGCUGCCUUGUCUACCACAUUUGAUUGAUAGAUGACUUUACCAAUGAAAUCCACAAACAAUGUGAGAUGCAUAGCCGAAGUAUGAACCACUUUAGACGUUUAGCAAAAAUAUGACAUGUUAAAAAAAGAGCAUAGAUGGGCUGAAUUCUCAUUUGUUAAUUUUCUUAUGUUCUAUUCCAAUGAUCUAACUGCUGUGAUCAUAAAUAUCCCCACCCUGAUGCUGAACAAAUGUAUGUUAAAUCGAAGAAAAGAUCUUACAAUGGAUUUGAAAACAAUAUAGUUUAGCAGUUUUUGAAAUGUGUACUGUGUAUGAGUUAUUAUCUAUCUUAAGAUGUUUGUGUAACAGAAAAUCAUUAUUAAAAGUGUGGACAAAACCCAAACCUGUGUUAAA